UCAUUAGUGGAAGACUUAUAGCUGCCACAGUUUACUCGUUUUCCAUAGUUUUUGACUUUAACAUGCCUAUUUAUACUCCACUCCUCUCUUCUACAAUAUCACACCAGUCCACAGCCAUAGAGUGAGUAAAACCUAUCCCAUAAAUAUUAUAAUACUUCAUAAUGGAGACAUAUUCUAAAGUGUUGAGUGUAAUGUGCAUGUUCAUUGCCAUUGCUGCUAAUUCAGCACAAGGGCAAGCAGGCACUCGGGUCGGAUUCUAUUCGAGUUCAUGUCCUAGAGCUGAGUCCAUUGUACGCUCCACAGUUACAACUCAUUUUAGGAGCAACCCGGGAAUAGCUCCUGGUUUGCUGAGGAUGCAUUUCCAUGACUGUUUCGUUCGAGGUUGCGACGCUUCUGUUCUUAUUAGCGGCGCCAACACUGAGAGAACUGCACCACCCAAUCUUGGGCUGAGAGGUUUUGAAGUCAUUGAUGACGCUAAGACUCAGCUUGAAGCUAUAUGUCCUGGAGUUGUUUCUUGUGCUGAUAUUCUUACUCUUGCGUCCCGUGAUUCCGUUGUUUUGAGUGGUGGAAUAAGUUGGGCAGUGCCUACUGGACGUAGAGAUGGGCGUGUCUCAUUGGCAUCUGAAGCUUCUACUUUGCCUGGCUUUACUGAAUCUGUUGAUUCUCAAAAACAAAAAUUUGCUGCUCUCGGACUUAAUGCUCAAGAUCUUGUCGUACUUGUUGGAGGUCACACCAUAGGGACUACAGCUUGCCAAUUCUUUAGUUACAGAUUAUACAAUACAUCAGCAAAUGUGGCCGACCCUUCCAUUAAUGCUUCGUUUCUUCCUCAAUUACAAGCACUCUGUCCACAAAACGGCGACGGGACUAGGAGAAUUGCACUCGACACGGACAGUGCAAACAGAUUCGACAAUAAUUUCUUCGCGAACUUGAGAAAUGGCCGAGGAAUACUGGAGUCUGAUCAAAAGUUAUGGACGGAUGCUUCGACGAGAAGCAUCGUACAACGUUUCUUGGGUAUAAGAGGAUUGGCUGGACUAAGCUUCAAUGUUGAAUUUGGAAGGUCGAUGAUCAAGAUGAGUAACAUUCAAGUGAAGACAGGCACUGAUGGCGAAAUUAGAAAGAUAUGCUCUGCAAUAAAUUAACUAGGACGGCUAAAUAUUCAUAUUAGUAUUGUUACUGGAUUACUAUUAAUAAGUUCAGUUAUGAUGUUAUUGGAAAUAAUGUUCAGCGUAAGCUGAUAUGUUACAUGUAAUGAAGUAAUUUUAAUAUUAUUCAAGUGUGGUGUAUACAUAAACCAGAUAUAUUAUUUACAAUGGG